UCCCUAUCUAGAGGCGGAAAUUCCUGCAGAUGAAACGCAGGAAAUACGGCUUCAUCUACAAGACUCACCUCUUCGGGCGGCCCACGGUACGGGUGAUGGGCGCCGAGAACGUUCGGCACAUCCUGCUGGGCGAGCACCGGCUGGUGUCCGUGCAGUGGCCCGCCUCGGUGCGGACCAUCCUGGGCUCGGGCUGCCUCUCCAACCUCCACAACGGGCAGCACAAGCACCGCAAAAAGGUGAUCAUGCGUGCCUUCUCCCGGGACGCCCUGCAGCACUACGUGCCCGUCAUCCAGGAGGAGGUGAGCGCCUGCCUGGCGCGGUGGCUGGGCGCCGCCGGGCCCUGCCUGCUCGUGUACCCCGAAGUGAAGCGCCUCAUGUUCCGCAUUGCCAUGAGGAUCCUGCUGGGCUUCCAGCCCCGCCAGGCCAGCCCUGACGGCGAGCAGCAGCUGGUCGAGGCCUUCGAGGAGAUGAUCCGCAACCUCUUCUCCCUGCCCAUCGAUGUGCCGUUCAGCGGGCUAUACAGGGGCUUGCGGGCUCGCAACAUCAUCCAUGCCAAGAUUGAGGAGAACAUCCGUGCCAAGAUGGCCCGCAAGGAGCCUGAGGGUGGCUACAAGGAUGCGCUGCAGCUGCUGAUGGAACACACACAGGGUAACGGGGAGCAGCUCAACAUGCAGGAGCUGAAGGAGUCUGCCACAGAGCUGCUGUUCGGGGGCCAUGAAACCACUGCUAGUGCUGCCACGUCGCUGAUCGCCUUCCUAGGGCUCCACCACGAAGUCCUGCAGAAAGUGAGGAAAGAACUGCAGGUGAAGGGGUUACUGUGCAGUUCCAACCAAGAGAAGCAGCUGGACAUGGAGGUCUUGGAGCAGCUGAAGUACACAGGCUGUGUCAUCAAAGAGACCCUCAGGCUGAGCCCGCCUGUCCCUGGAGGAUUUCGGAUUGCACUCAAGACCCUUGAGCUAAAUGGUUACCAGAUCCCUAAAGGUUGGAAUGUUAUUUACAGUAUCUGUGAUACACAUGAUGUGGCAGAUCUCUUUACCAACAAGGAAGAAUUUAACCCAGAUCGCUUCAUGUCUCCAUCUCCAGAGGACUCCUCUAGAUUCAGUUUCAUUCCUUUUGGUGGGGGCUUGAGGAGCUGCGUGGGCAAAGAGUUUGCAAAAGUCCUUCUAAAAAUAUUUACAGUGGAGUUGGCUCGGAGCUGUGACUGGCAGCUGCUGAAUGGACCUCCUACAAUGAAAACAGGCCCCAUAGUGUACCCUGUGGACAAUCUGCCUACCAAAUUCAUAGGUUUCAGUGGCCAAAUCUGAGAGCUCAACACUCACCUCCGACUGGAUUUCUAUAUAGCAUUUAAUAUGUACACAGUAACUUUUUAUAGUGACAAAGGCCUUUAAAUAUUUAAAACUUGUAAAUGUACGAUAGUUAUUUAUGUCUUUUAAAUAUUUCAAGACGCUAUAUUUUUUUUCCCCAAGCACUACAAUUAUGGGUCUCUGAUUCAUAAUUAGAUAAUGUUAUUUCUAUAGAAAUAAGUUUCCCCCUAUUUAAAAAUAUCAUUGAGAGCUGGCUAGCUAAGCAUUUGAAGACAUUUCAG